UUGGUCGAAGAUGGCGGCGUGGCUGAUGCUGCAACAGCAGUUGGGCUCUGUCAGGAAUCUUCCCUCAGUGUUGUGGUCCUGUAGUAAUCAGUUUUUACAGUGUCGGUCUUUCUGUUUGAAAGCUUUUUCUCAAGGAGAGUCCUUGGGACAGAAUUUUGUCUGUCGUGGUUGUGAAUUUAAAAGGCUACGUUAUGUUCCCUGCAGAUCCGGCUGUCACCAAAGCAGAGAUCCCAUUUUCAAGAGCUUCUUGUCUUGCCCACUGACUCAUCAAUUCCAAGGAUUUAAUAGAAUACAGAUUUUAAGGCAGUUGACACAAGACCCAACAAAGAUCUGCCAGUUUUUAGGUGGCAUGUACCACUUCAACACAUCAAAAUCAUCUCGAGAUCAAAAACAGAAUGAGAAAUCCAAAGGGAGAAGCUCUGAAGAGGAUGAAGAAGAGAAAAGGAGACGAGAGAGGGAGGAUCAAAUGUAUAGAGAACGACUGAGGACAUUAUUUAUAAUAGCAGUUAUUAUGAGCUUGUUGAAUUCCAUCAACAGCAGUGGAGGAAAUAUCUCAUGGAAUGAUUUUGUUCAGGAGAUGUUGGCAAAGGGAGAAGUGGCCAGGGUCCAGGUUGUUCCAGAGAGUGAUAUUGUAGAAAUCUACCUUCACCCAGGAGCUGUAGUAUUUGGUAGACCGAGGUUAGCUUUGAUGUAUCGCAUGCAAGUAGCAAACAUCGAUAAGUUUGAAGAGAAGUUGCGAGCUGUUGAAAAUGAGCUUGGGAUUGAUGGAAAGGACAGGAUCCCAGUAUCAUAUAAGCGCACGGGUUUCUUUGGAAAUGCACUAUAUGCCCUGGGGAUGGCUGCAGUGGGAGUGGCGAUUCUGUGGUACAUAUUUCGGCUUGCAGGAAUGGCUGGAAGAGAAGGUGGAUUUAGUGCAUUUAAUCAGCUGAAAAUGGCUCGUUUCACUAUUGUGGAUGCAAAGUCUGGAAAAGGAGUUGCAUUUAAGGACGUGGCAGGAAUGCAUGAGGCUAAACUGGAAGUUAACGAGUUUGUCGAUUACCUGAAGAGUCCAGAACGUUACUUACAACUUGGUGCCAAAGUUCCAAAGGGAGCUUUAUUGCUCGGACCACCAGGGUGUGGCAAAACACUUCUGGCAAAAGCUGUUGCAUCUGAAGCUCAAGUUCCUUUCUUAGCUAUGGCUGGAUCAGAGUUUGUGGAAGUGAUUGGAGGUCUAGGUGCCGCAAGAGUUCGAAGUUUGUUUAAGGAAGCCCGUGCUCGUGCCCCAUGCAUUGUGUAUAUUGAUGAAAUUGAUGCAGUGGGUAAAAGGCGAUCAACCAACAUGUCUGGUUUUGCUAAUACUGAGGAAGAACAAACGUUGAAUCAACUGUUGGUCGAAAUGGAUGGAAUUGGCACAACAGAUCAUGUAAUAGUUCUGGCAUCAACCAACCGUGCUGACAUUUUGGACAAUGCUUUAAUGCGACCUGGUCGUUUGGACAGACACAUAUUUAUUGACUUUCCUACAUUGCAGGAGAGGAAUGAGAUUUUUGAACAGCAUUUAAAAAGUCUGAAGUUAUCACACCCAGCCCGGUUUUAUUCACAGCGACUGGCCGAACUCACUCCAGGGUUCAGUGGAGCUGACAUAGCUAACAUUUGCAAUGAAGCAGCAUUGCAUGCAGCCAGGGAAGGAGAGAAAUCUGUUGACACCUUCAGUUUUGAAUAUGCAGUAGAGAAAGUCAUAGCAGGCACUGCCAAGAAGAGUAAAAUACUCUCCAAAGAAGAACAGAGGAUAGUAGCUUUCCAUGAGUCUGGACAUGUCCUUGUUGGCUGGCUUCUUGAACAUACAGAAGCUGUUUUGAAGGUUUCUAUAGCACCACGAACAAAUGCUGCUCUUGGAUUUGCACAGAUCCUGCCACAGGAGCAGCACCUAUUUACAAAAGAGCAGCUUUUUGAACGCAUGUGUAUGGCUUUAGGAGGACGCGUUGCAGAAGCUAUUACCUUUAAUAAAGUCACAACAGGUGCCCAGGAUGAUUUACGAAAGGUUACAAAAGUGGCUUAUUCCAUGGUAAAAAGUUAUGGAAUGGUUGAAGCAAUUGGUCAUGUAUCAUUCCCCGAUACAGAGGAGCAAGGUGUAAUUGGUCGACGGCCCUUCAGCCAGGGACUUCAGCAGCACAUGGAUCACGAAGUCAAAUUAUUGGUGGCCCGUGCUUACAGACACACAGAGAAACUGAUAAUGGAUCACAGGGACAAGCUUAAUACACUUGCAAAUGCACUUGUGGAGAGAGAAGUUCUAAAUUAUGAUGACAUUGAGUCACUUAUUGGGCCUCCACCCCUUGGCCCAAAGAAGAGAAUACCACCCCAGAGCUGGAUUGAAGCUGAGAAGGAUAAACAAGAUACUGGAGAGAAUGAGCCUCCAGCAAGACCUCUUCAGGACAGUGAACGAAAUCUACAUCCUGUUUAAGAUGGCUGUUUAGAAAAACUGAGAACUAAAAUAUGGUCAUGUGCAACGGUGGAUAGACACUAUAUAACUAACUGCCACAUGGACCAAAUUUAUUCUAUCUUCUGUCCUGCUUCUACAGUUAGAUCAACACGAAAUAUGAAGAACCCUGGUUUAUGUUUCACUGCCACUGCAUUGACCCCAUAAGGUAUUUUUUUCCCUUGGGGUCAGUGUAGUUCAGUGAGUUGUUCAUUAUCUAUUAUUUGAGAUCAUUGCCUUUAAUUGCAAGGCCAUUUAUAACAGAUGUGGAUAUAUUUUUAGCAACUUUCCAUUAAUAUUUUUGUUUUCUUUCAUUCAGGAACUGCUUUUCCAUAUUUUCUUUGCACUCGGACAUGGACUUGUAUGUUAUUUACUCCACCAGUUAAAUAGAUGAAUAAAAUUACCUUUGCCUUUGGAAAUUAUCUGUUCUGGUUUUAACAAAAGAGCUUGGUCUGUGAUGUGUAAAUUAUGUUCAAAUGGGCUAUUGUGAAUAUUUGUACAGCAAGAUAAUCCAUUUAAUAUUUGCCAUGUAAAAUAUGCUAUUGUACUUAUGCUUCUAAUCUCAAUGAAAAUUGUUAACGGAUCUAAGACUUUUCCCAGGUUUUUAAUGAAACAGUUUAGAACAUAUGGUUGAUGUAGAUCAUUUUAAUGACCUAAUUAAGAUAAUUUAAGAUGCUUUGGAUUUCUGAAUAAAUAAAAUAUUAAUAACAUGUAUUUAUUUAAAAAAAAUGGCAGAAACUGCCUUCAAAUAUCAAGCUCUGUCCUUCAACAGAUGUAAAAGGAUUCCAUUGCACAAUUCAGAGAAUAAAGGUAGAUCCAGUAUCUUGGCCGAUAUUUAUCCAUAAACACAACCAUGUUGAGCUAAUGUUAAUUGAUCCUUGUCCAACCUUGUUGAGGACAGAUUAGUUACUGGGUUUUCCCACAAAUGCAAUAAUUACCACACUUCAAAAUACUCUAUUUGCUAUUAAGUACUCCAGUCUGUUGUGAUUCUGUGAAAAUUGCUCAUAUAAAUGCAUGCUAUUCCUUGUCCAUUGUGUUAGGUUUAUUUACAGUUGUCUGAUUUUUAGCCACAAAAACAAUAUUCAAAUGUGUUCCAAAGAUAAAAUAUCCUAUCCUAUAUAGGAUUGUUCAUCCACUUCUGAAAGAUCCUGAAUUUGGUUACUUGUCUAGACUAAGUUUUCUCUUGGGUGAACAAAUAGCAGCAAUUGUGCAGGGAUGCUAUAAGAAUUAACAUUUCAAGUUGACAGAAGGUUAUUGAUUACCUUCCUUCCCAAAUAUUCUCCGACUUGCUGCAUUUUUUGUUUCUGGUUAAGAUAUCCAGCAUGCAUGGUAUUUGGUUCUUAGUCCAGCUCAUCUCCCUGAGCUAUAAAGAAAAUAACCUCCAGUGCUCUAUUUCUGCUUAUUGAUUUGUACUGGAAGCUGUGUUUAUGGAUGGUGGAUAUCGGCUGUAUGAUGCCCCAAUUCUGGAAAGACUGUCAUAGCUUAUUGCCUAGGUUCUGUAUGAAAAUGUGUGGCCAUUCAUAGAAAUGAAUUAGGGUGUAUUAAUAGUCUCAAGUAUUUUGGUGGGAACAGAUGUAUUAGUAGCCUUGGCUAAACUUUUUUUCCUGACAGGAACUGGGGAGGCAAGAAGUAUAUAACAGGGUAUAUCACAUGGUGGGGAAUGGUAGGCUGUUUGACUGGAGUGUUACAUCUAAGCGUAAUUCUUGCCUCAUGUAGACUGAAUGAUUGUACGUCAAGUAUAAUGAAUCACUUGGGAAUGCUGUCAUGUUUUCUAUCUUCCUAUUCCACUUGCAAAUGCAGUUACUGGUAUUAAUUGUGACAUCUCAGUACCAUAAGACGGGGAUUGAACUUGGGACACUUUUGCUGUGUAAUUCGGCAAAUCACACAAAUUAUUUCCGAGUUCCAGGCUGGUGUGGACCAUCCUCAUUUGAGAUUAUUAGUUUGUUUAGCUUUUACUUGUACUGAAUCCAAUCCUGGGUAGAUUUUCUCUAUAUCCCUAAAGCAAUAAAGAACAUUAUUUAUGUAUUGCAAUCUCUGAAAUUGUAUGAAGCCAAAAUAUGACUCUUUUCACUAUAAAUGGUUUAUUUCUUGUGUA